GCUUUCCAGUCUGUGAGUGGUGCAGGGGAGAGAGGCUGGGGUGUGUGUGUGUCUGCAGCUUGUCAGAAGAUAAGCAUAGACAGAGAAUUGUAAUUAAAGAUGGCAGAAGCUCACCAAGCCGUAGCGUUCCAAUUUACUGUAACUCCUGAUGGUAUCGACCUAAGAUUAAGUCAUGAAGCUCUUAGACAGAUCUAUCUCUCCGGCCUCCACUCCUGGAAGAAGAAGUUCAUCAGAUUCAAGAAUGGAAUCCUAACAGGUGUAUUUCCUGAGCCAUCUAGCUGGUUAAUUGUGGUUGUUGGCGUCACCUCUGCAUCAAUGUAUACCAAAGUAGAUCCAUCAUUCGGGUUAAUAGAAAAAAUUAAUCAAACUCUCAGUACCACAGGCUACAUGACAAGUCAAACACAGAGCAUAGUCAGCGGAGCACUUUUUGGCACUGGCUUGUGGGUCGCUCUAAUUGCCACAAUGCGCUCCUCCCUGAAGUUGCUACUCUCUUACCAUGGAUGGAUGUUUGCUGAACAUGGCAAGCUCCCCACAUCAACCCGGAUCUGGAUGGGUAUGGUGAAGCUGUUUUCUGGAAGGAAGCCAAUGCUAUUCAGCUUUCAGACUUGUCUUCCUCGUCUCCCCGUGCCAGUUGUUAAGGACACAGUGAAAAGGUACCUGGAUUCAGUCAGACCUCUCAUGGAUGAUGAGAAAUUUCAGAGAAUGGAAGGUCUUGCCAAAGAUUUUGCCACUAACCUGGGACCAAGACUCCAGUGGUACUUGAAACUGAAAUCUUGGUGGGCCACCAACUAUGUCAGUGACUGGUGGGAGGAAUAUAUCUACCUCAGAGGCCGGGGGCCAAUUAUGGUUAACAGUAAUUAUUAUGCAAUGGAUUUCCUUUACAUAUUGCCAACUCAUAUACAGGCAGCUAGAGCGGGCAAUGCCAUCCAUGCCUUACUGCUGUACCGGAGAAAACUGGACAGGGAAGAAAUCAAACCGCUUAUGAUUCAUAAUACCAUUCCAAUGUGUUCCUACCAAUAUGAACGUAUGUUCAAUACUAGCCGUAUUCCAGGCAUUGAGACAGACACAAUUCAGCAUGUGAAGGACACCAAGCACAUUGUUGUCUACCACAAAGGACGUUACUUCAAAGUGUGGUUGUAUCACGACGGAAGAUUACUGAAGCCAAGAGAGAUAGAACAGCAAAUGCAGAGAAUUCUUGAUGAUAAAUCUGAGCCCCAGACAGGAGAGGAGAAAUUAGCUGCCCUUACAGCAGGAGACAGAGUACCUUGGGCAAAUGCUCGCAAAGCUUAUUUUGCAAAUGGAAAGAACAAGCAAUCUCUUGAUGCCGUUGAAAAAGCUGCUUUCUUUGUAACUUUGGAUGACACCGAACAAGGAUACAAUAAAGAAGAUCCUGUAACGUCCCUAGACAGCUAUGCAAAGUCUCUUCUACAUGGCAAAUGCUAUGACAGGUGGUUUGACAAAACGAUCAGUUUUGUUGUGUACAAGAAUGGAAAGAUGGGUAUGAACUGCGAACAUUCCUGGGCGGAUGCGCCAAUUCUUGGACACCUCUGGGAGUAUGUGAUGGCAACGGAUAAUUUUGAACUGGGUUAUACUGAGGAGGGUCACUGCAAGGGAGACAUAAAAGCGAACAUCCCCCCUCCAAGCAGACUGCAGUGGGACAUCCCUGAGGAGUGCCAAGCCGUGAUCGAGAGUUCACUGUCUGUUGCCAACACUCUUGCCAACGAUGUUGACUUUCACUCCUAUCCAUUUGAUUGUUUUGGCAAAGGACUGAUCAAGAAAACCAGAACAAGCCCUGAUGCCUUUGUGCAACUUGCCCUCCAGUUGGCUCAUUACAGAGAUAAAGGCAAGUUUUGCCUGACUUAUGAGGCUUCCAUGACGAGGCUGUUCAGAGAAGGCAGAACCGAGACCGUCCGUUCUUGUACUAUUGAAUCCUGUGACUUUGUUUUGGCGAUGGCAGACCCCAAACAAACAAAUGAAAACAGGCUUAAAUUGUUCAAACUUGCUUCUGAGAAACAUCAGCAAAUGUAUCGUCUCGCUAUGACUGGGUCUGGUAUAGAUCGCCAUCUGUUCUGUCUUUAUGUGGUAUCCAAGUACUUGGGUGUGGACUCUCCCUUCCUAAAAGAAGUGCUGUCUGAGCCUUGGAGAUUGUCAACUAGCCAGACGCCCCAGCAGCAGGUCCACCUGUUUCAGCUGGAGAAAUUUCCAGAAAAUGUCUCAAGCGGAGGUGGUUUUGGACCAGUCGCUGAUGAUGGAUAUGGUGUUUCCUAUAUUAUUGUGGGCGAGAAUUUGAUCAACUUCCAUAUAUCAAGCAAAUUCUCUAGUCCUGAGACUGAUUCACACCGCUUUGGAAAAAAUCUCCGACAAGCAAUGCUCGAUAUCCUUGCCUUGUUUAACAUCAGCACGAACAACUCCAAUAAGGGCAAAAAAUAAAACAACUGAUUGAAGAUACAGGAAUACGAUCCUAUUCUAGCUCAUAGUACAUACAUAUCCUGCAACUAACAGUAAUGAAUCUGUAGUUGCUAAUUGACUGCAAUGAAUGAAUGAAUGAAUAUAUAUAUAUAUAUAUAUAUAUAUAUAUAUAUAUACACUCACACACAUACAGAUAUUGGCCAGUUAGAAAAUAUUUUUAUACAGCCAUUUGUUUUAAAUCCUGUGGAAUGUAUUUUCACACUUAUGUGCUCUUUUGAUGACGGAAUGUUACCUAAAAUAGUUCAAAGGGCUUCUUUGUUAGAGAAUAAUCAGAACCACUUAUGUGUAUGGCCGUGGUUACAUUGAACUAUGUUUUCUGUGUAUUUCUUGUGCAUUGAACAAACAAAGGUUUUCUCACUAAUAGAAAUAGAUUAUUUUUUUCUGCUAAACUUAUUUGUGCAUCUAGAACAUCAGCUUCUUUUAAUCGCAUGUAAACCUCACUAAAUCUCAUUUCUUGUGCUGUAUUAUACUGCUCUAAUCACCCAGAAGAUAAAUACAUAUUUUACAGAAAUAUACUAAUUAAUAUCGGCCUUGGUGUAUCAAGGGAAUUCUUGAUAUUAUAUGAUCUUGUAUUUAUCAAGGUCAAUGCAAGUAAAUAACCUUAUUGAAGUGUCAGUGUUAAAAGGGCUUGAUACUUGAUUGUAUGUAUUUAAAAUAUGACUAUGGUAUAUGUAGAUUUAUUACACAUUCUGCCACUGGUAUAAAUAAAAUCCUAUAUGUUAAGUCUCACAAGGGCAUUAUCUUGUAUUAACUUGAACAGAAGUUUGUUGGCUUAAAAUGUUUUACUCCUAAAGUAGGAAUUUAAAAUAAAUUAUUUUUAUGGGUUAAUUUCUACACCAUUACAUGCUGUGCUUAACAACAAGACAAGAAACAUUUAUAGGAAGCACGUGUCAACCAACGAGUAUUAACAGGAAGUACAUGUCAACCAAUAAGCAUUCACAGGAAGUACCUGUCCACCAAUAAACAAUAGUCAAUACCCAAAUAAUACUAAUGUUUUAGUUCCACUUUAACUUUAAACAGCUUUUGCCUCACAUUUCUUUUCAUUCUAAUAGAAAUUCUACACGGUUAACUACUAUUUUUUUCAUGUGGAUGAUAUCCAAGCCGUACUGUGUUCAGCAGUAUAGUUCCAGUUUAAAAAAAGCACAGUUCCUACUGAGGCACUACCUUAUGGAGGAUCACAUGACCACACCUCCAGACUGCCUAGACAUACCAUGACCUGUAUUGACCCUUCCCAUGUGACAUUACUGACCACACCCACAGGCCAUGGGGGUUGCCGAUACUCCCCUUCCAAUGGGCAGCAUAGACUAUGCCUCCAACCAAAAAAUGUUUUAAAACUCAAACUAAACUAUUAGCAAUAUAUCUUUUUUUUUUCUGUGCAAAAAAGUAUAUUAAUAAAUGUGUUCUUUAAACCCCACCUGAAAUAAGAUAAAAUGUCCAUUUAUAAAUAUCAGAUUUUAUUAUGAGCAAAUCUAGUUUUACGUAUUUAUCUGAAAUACAUUUAUGGAUAAACAAAAAAAUGGUAUUACAUGAUGUAGAAUUAGGAUAGAAGCUUGCUAUAUUAUGUAUACUUUUUUAGGCUCCUAAUCAAACUUAUUUUAACUUUCAAUGAAAUAGGUUUGUGUUAUAAAAUAGUUUCCAGUUAAACCCUUCUAUUUAAUUUCUAAAAAUAACAUUUUCUUUUUAAUUUUCUGUAUUAUGAGUGCCUUAAAUGAAGGUUCACAGUUUAUAAAACUGGGAAUGAUUUUUUUUUGUGAUAAACUAAAUAAAUGGUAUCCUAGAUUCUCCCAUAGCAAAACCAUUCAUAUUAUCCAGUUCCAUUACUAAGCACUGUGCAAGGUAAACAUAUCUACAAUUACAAUUUAAUGGUAGCUUAGGAAUUUUCUAUAUGUUAUUUUAAUGAUGGAAAUAUUCUGGAACAUGUAUUUAAAGGGACACUACUGUAUAUACUGUUAUCCAUAAGAAAGUGCUAUAUUUAAGCAUGUUUUUUUUAUUAUUAUGGAAAAUGUGAGAUAAAAGCUGUUCAAAUCUAACUUGAAACUAAUAAAGCUGGAUGAGUUUAUACUUUCUUCUAAUGAGGUACAAAUAACCUUUGUCAGACAAAGAAAGCCAUACUUAGUGAUGGGUACUUCCUUCUAUUGCUCAUUUGGUUGACAGGUACUUCCUUCUAUUGCUCAUUUGGUUGAUAGGCACUUCCUUCUAAUGCUCAUUGGUUGAUAGGUAUUUCCUUCUAAUGCUCAUUGGUUGAUAGGUACUUCCUUCUAAUGCUCAUUGGUUGAUAGGUACUUUCUUCUUAAUGCUCAUUUUUUUGAUAGGCACUUUCUAUUAGCAGUCAAUGAACCUUUGUACAGAAUGUACACAACUGAUGCUGCUGUAUUAGCUUCAAGCUUUUACCUCACUUUUUUUUAUUUUUUUUAAAAAAUCACCAUGUUUUAUUGCUGCUCUUUUGUAUGAAGGAUUAAAAAGUAAUCAGUCUCCCUUUAAAUAAACCAGUGGCAGAGAUCUGUUAUUAUGGUGACUAGCAAACCAUAGACACCAUUCUGUAUUUGUCAACCAGGAUUUGUAUAACAAGUUUAAAAUAAAAAUAAAAUCCUUAUUGUUUUAACAAUUGGGGUUUUUUUCUGCCUGUGUGCAAUAGUGGUUAUAUUUUGGUUAAUAUUUUGACAUACAUUCAAAUGUGCAUUCCUCAUAAUAUGUUAUAUAAACACACACAACAUUUUGUAGUUUUUCUUCUUCUUAUUAUUAUUUAAUUUUUUUAAAAAAACAAAACAGUUAAGUCUAUAAUGUGUCCACAACUAGUUAUACAUUUUACAAUUAUUUUAAUGUUUAUUUUCAUUAAAAAUAUCCAAAUAGACGGUGUAAUAUUUUCACAAAUAAAAGAGUUUAAGAAGGUUUUUUUUUUGGCCUCUAUAAUGAGUAAAUUAGUGCACUUGUUUAUUUCUGGAAUUUACAUUUUCUAUUUAAAUAAGUAGCAAAUAGACUCUUUUUAUAUUGGACACCUUUUGCUGUUGAGCCGUUUGUGUUUUUUUUUUUAAGCCUACAAAACACGUACACACCUUGAGGGCGGGCACCUUUAUAAUUUUAUUGGGAGAUUGCAGAAGUGUGUGUAAUAUUUUGUACCUAAGAUGCUGGUUGGGAAUUCAUCCAUAAUAUAUUGCUCAAUGUAAAUUUGCAUUAAUUCUCUUCAUUCUUGCUCUUUGCUGAAGCUGUAUGAAAUAUGCACUAUUUAUGUAAUGUUUUGGCCAAUUGGUGUUAAAGUAACAAGUCUCAUAUUUCUAAAAAAAAAUUUUUUUUUUUAAUAAUUUAAUUCCGAUUUAUUUGAACUGAAAUCUGAUGCCCGCGCAGAAAUGCUCUGUGAAGAUAAGUGAAUAUAUUUGGCAUGAAGGUUCAUUUUAAAAUCUGAUAAAGAGAACUGUAUUUAAUUUUUCCCCCAUUUAAUUAAAUAUCUAAUCGUAUAGGUGUUUUUGUUACCUUUGAAUUACCACUGCAUGUAAAUAAAAUGUGUUAUUUUUGGGUGUAAAUCUUAGAAAGACUGUGGUUGGAAGUAGGAAGUCAUUAAUAAAGAUAUUUAACUUA